UUGAAGUUGAUAUUUGUGGGGGAAAGAGUGUAAAGACUAAAGAUUAUUUAUAGGUUAUUCUAAAUUAAUAAUGUUUAUUCAUUAAAAAAGAGGUUUAGCCUGAAUUGAAAUCCAAACCUGAGCAACGACUUAAAAUGGCUUUCAUACCUUUAAGAUUAUCGCUUUUGCGGCUUGUGUCGCAAAAUGGAUCGUUUUCUACAUUGCAAAGGACAAUCUCUUACAAAAGUGCAAUUUCUUUGAAUACUCUUUAUCCAAAUAGUUCUUUAAAGCUCACCACUCCUGCCUUUACACCAAAUUCAGACGAAAAGUUCUCAGGUUUCAUUCCUCUUAAUAAAGUAGAUAUAAGCUACAGUGCUAGCUCAGGCCCUGGAGGACAGAAUGUUAAUAAAGUACAUACUAAAGUGGACCUCAGAUUCAAAUUAGAUGAAGCCGACUGGAUUCCCACAGAUAUAAGAGAGAAAAUGUUGCAAACUCAUGGAAAGAAACUUACAAAGGAAGGCUAUUUAAUUGUUCGCUCUGACAUAACUCGCUCCCAGCAGCUGAACCUUGCUGAUUGUUUACGCAAACUUCGCUCUAUGAUACGCAAUUCAGCAAUUACUGAAAGCAAACCUGAUCCAGAAACUGAAGAAAGGAUUAGACAGAGACAUUUAAAAGCAUCACGACUGCGGGUCAGCAUCAAGAGAGAGGAAGCUUACAAGCGUGCCAUGAGGCGGCCACCUACUGUUGUUGAUUUAUGAUUCUUUUACUAAAUUGGGCAUACCAGGAGAUCACCACUCAUAAAAACUACAGGACUUUAUUGAUAGAAGAGUGGAAUAUUGAUCUUCCUAUGCUGAGGACUUCAGUGUGAACUAUUAGUCCUCAAUAAUGUAUGCCCAAUUUAGUAUUCCUUAUUAUAACUGUUGUGAGUGAUUCAGAUGACAGGAUCCUAAGAAAUUAGACAUAAACUUGUAGAAUUAAAGAUGUAGUACUACAAAAAACAUUUCCUUCUUUUGCACAAAUGUGUAUUGUGUGAAAUGUGUAAUAUUAUAGUUUUUAUGCGUGUAAUAAAGGAUUCUUGUAGUAUAAAAGCCAUGAUUUUGGUAAGAAAUAAAUUAAUUACAUUAGCUCAAAAA